GCAUCAUCGUUGAUCGUUGAGUCAAAGCACCGUCACAACUCGCCGCGGACAGACGCACCAACGCUCACUCUGGCACACCAAGCUGCCAUGGCGAACACACUCAUCCUCGUGGCGAAGGUGUUGCUGCGGGUUGUGCUGCUGCUACACGCGGUCUCUGCACGUAAACAGAGGUGUCGUCUUGAUAAGGUCCUGAAGAGCGGUGAGAAGGAAGCCAUCAAAACACUUGAAGAUUUCGAAACAAGCGUUUGGAUUUGUCCUGAGAAGAAUUUCAAAGACAUUAAUCUCGUGGUUGGAAAGGAAGAGAAGCAAGUCCUUAGUAUUACUAACAAUGAAUGUGGCUUGCAACACAGUGCCGGGUGGAAACAUCUACAGAUUAUUAAGGUUACAAGAAAAAAUUCCACCACUAUUGAAGUCAAUUUAGAAGGUCAAUGUUGUGGUAAUAAGACUGUUCAGUUGACAAAAGAGGAGGCCUUCACUCUCUAUGGUCAUGGCGCCUCGUAUUGGAUGCUUAACCAACCAUGUGAAGCCCAGGAGGCUCCCUGCAGCCCAGGAACAGUGUCGGAAGCGUCUCCACCUCCACGAAAGAAAGCUGUCCGCAGAAGUUCACGGCUUCAUUCAGCAUCCCUCAUGACCAAAACACCACAAACCACAGCACCAAACACCACAGCACCAAGCACCCAAGCACCGGACACCACAUCAUCAGAUACCACAACACCGAACACUCCAGCACCAGACACAACAGCAACAGAUACCACAGCACCAGACACCACAGCAUCAGAUGCCAAAGCGCCGACCAUCCCAGCACCAAACACCACACCAUCAGAUACCACAGCACUGAAGACCCCAGCACCAGACACCACAUCAUCAGAUACCACAGUACCGAACACCCCAGCACCAGACACCACAGCAUCAGAUGCCAAAGCACCGACCACCCCAACACCAGACACCACAGAACCGAACACCCCAGCACCAGACACCACAGCAUCAGAUACCACAGCACAGAACACCCCAGCACCAGACACCACAGCAUCAGAUACCACAACCCCGAAAACUCCAGCAUCGGGCACCACAGCAUCAAACACCUCAGCACCGAACACCCCAGCACCAGACACCACAGCAUCAGAUACCAAAGCACCAAACACCACAGAAUCAGAUACCACAGCACCGAGCAUACCAGCACCAGACACCACAGCAUCAGAUACCACAGCACAGAACACCCCAGCACCAGACACCACAGCAUCAGAUACCACAACCCCGAAAACUCCAGCAUCGGGCACCACAGCAUCAAACACCUCAGCACCGAACACCCCAGCACCAGACACCACAGCAUCAGAUACCAAAGCACCAAACACCACAGAAUCAGAUACCACAGCACCGAGCAUACCAGCACCAGACACCACAGCAUCAGAUACCACAGCACAGAACACCCCAGCACCAGACACCACAGCAUCAGAUACCACAACCCCGAAAACUCCAGCAUCGGGCACCACAGCAUCAAACACCUCAGCACCGAACACCCCAGCACCAGACACCACAGCAUCAGAUACCAAAGCACCAAACACCACAGAAUCAGAUACCACAGCACCGAGCAUACCAGCACCAGACACCACAGCAUCAGAUACCACAGCACCAGACACCACAGCAUCAGAUGCCAAAGCACCGACCACCCCAACACCAGACACCACAGAACCGAACACCCCAGCACCAGACACCACAGCAUCAGAUACCACAGCACGGAACACCUCAGCACCAGAUACCACAGCCCUGAACACCCCAGCACCAGAUAGCACAGCAUCAGAUACCACAGUACCGAACAAAACACCACCACAUACCACAGCAUCAAACACCACAGCACCGAGCAUACCAGCACCAGACACCACAACAUCAGAUACCACAGCACAGAACACCCCAGCACCAGACACCACAGCAUCAGAUACCACAACCCCGAAAACUCCAGCAUCGGGCACCACAGCAUCAAACACCUCAGCACCGAACACCCCAGCACCAGACACCACAGCAUCAGAUACCAAAGCACCAAACACCACAGAAUCAGAUACCACAGCACCGAGCAUAACAGCACCAGACACCACAGCAUCAGAUACCACAGCACCGAACACCCCAGCACCAGACACCACAGCAUCAGAUGCCAAAGCACCGACCACCCCAACACCAGACACCACAAAACCGAACACCCCAGCACCAGACACCACAGCAUCAGAUACCACAGCACAGAACACCCCAGCACCAGACACCACAGCAUCAGAUACCACAGCACGGAACACCUCAGCACCAGAUACCACAGCCCUGAACACCCCAGCACCAGAUAGCACAGCAUCAGAUACCACAGUACCGAACAAAACACCACCACAUACCACAGCAUCAAACACCACAGCACCGAGCAUACCAGCACCAGACACCACAACAUCAGAUACCACAGCACAGAACACCCCAGCACCAGACACCACAGCAUCAGAUACCACAACCCCGAAAACUCCAGCAUCGGGCACCACAGCAUCAAACACCUCAGCACCGAACACCCCAGCACCAGACACCACAGCAUCAGAUACCAAAGCACCAAACACCACAGAAUCAGAUACCACAGCACCGAGCAUAACAGCACCAGACACCACAGCAUCAGAUACCACAGCACCAGACACCACAGCAUCAGAUGCCAAAGCACCGACCACCCCAACACCAGACACCACAGAACCGAACACCCCAGCACCAGACACCACAGCAUCAGAUACCACAGCACAGAACACCCCAGCACCAGACACCACAGCAUCAGAUACCACAGCACGGAACACCUCAGCACCAGAUACCACAGCCCUGAACACCCCAACACCAGAUAGCACAGCAUCAGAUACCACAGUACCGAACAAAACACCACCACAUACCACAGCAUCAAACACCACAGCACCGAGCAUACCAGCACCAGACACCACAACAUCAGAUACCACAGCACAGAACACCCCAGCACCAGACACCACAGCAUCAGAUACCACAACCCCGAAAACUCCAGCAUCGGGCACCACAGCAUCAAACACCUCAGCACCGAACACCCCAGCACCAGACACCACAGCAUCAGAUACCAAAGCACCAAACACCACAGAAUCAGAUACCACAGCACCGAGCAUACCAGCACCAGACACCACAGCAUCAGAUACCACAGCACUAGACACCACAGCAUCAGAUACCAAAGCACCAAACACCACAGAAUCAGAUACUACAGCACCGAACACCACAGCACCAAACAUCAUAACACCAGACACCACAGCACCAAACACCACAGCACUAGACACCACAGCAUUAAAUAUCACAGCACCAGACAUCACAGUACUAAACACCACAGCAUCACAGACCACAGCACCAGUGAGCACAGCACCAAACACCACAUCACCACAGAUCACGGCACCAAACACAAAAGUAACAGUGACCACAUCACCAAUCACCACAGAAACAGAGACAACAGCACUAGACACCACAGCACCAGUGACCAAAGCAGCAGACACCACAACAGCACCGAGCAUCACAGCAAAAGAACUGUCGGAAAAAGAACCAAUGGAGAAAAAGAGGGAGAAAGAACCAACGCUCUCUGUCUCUCUGGCUGUGGUGGUGGUGGUGGUGGUGGUGGUGGUGGUGGUGGUGGUGGCCAGGAAGGCAGUAAGGAUGAAGAGGCAAAGAGUGAAGGCGGAGAAAUCAGCGGCGACGCCUGAGGAGGAGGAGGUGUCGCUGACGGCCUUUGAGAAGCGAGCCAGCAGCACCACUCUCUGCCUGCAGCUGAGUGCCUCGCCUCAACAUCCCUACAAGAAGUACCAUGAGCACGAUGCAUUGUUGCCUUAGUUGUUCGUUGUGAGGGACUCAGGCCGGCAUUCUCAAACGUUUUGUUGUCUCCCGUCACAACUCAUCUCAAAGCCACGGAGACGGUGAGCCGAGUUGUCAGGGUGUUUCUCUUACUACUGAUACAGAAACCUCGAUAACUUGUCCCUUCAGGCAUCAACGAACAGCCUUUUGAAUGUAGCGGGGCUGUGAUGCAGGAGUGUAAGGAUGUAGUUCUGGCUGGGGGGAAAAAUAUCAGAUAAGAAUACGAAAUAAUGGAAGACAAAGCCAACAUGUUUGGUUAUUGGAAUGAUUAAGAUGAUUUUUGUUGUUUAUUGUGGAAGUAAAGUGUGAUUCCUGUGAUUACUCGUAUUUCUAAGUGAUUGUGUCGACAUAACUUUAAUGCAUUUACAUUACUGCAAUAAAAAAGGAUUCAAAACAUUC